AAAUAAGCACAUUGAUAAAUAAAUGAAAAUUAAUUGUAGUUCACCAGAUCUUGUUGAAUUCUCUGGUAUAUAGUGAUAAUUGUGAGUGCUGAUAGUUUAUUAUCAUCAACGGUAAAGAAACAAAAAGAUAUCGUGAUGUACAAGGAUGAGCAAUACUUUUCGUCAUUUAAGUGAAAGUUGGGUAAGAAAAGGACCUGAAAAAUGAAAUAAGAUUGACAGCCAAUUCGUGCUAAUACAAUAUUUAUGAGAAAAAUACUUUGUAUGAAAAAUGAUCAAGACGACCCAUUUGACUUUAUUUGCCAGAGGACGUUUUUCAACUUGGGGCCAUUCCAUGGAACAAUUAUUCUGCUAUUAAGGAAAUUCCCAUGUGUAGCAUCAGCAUAACAUUUUUGCCUUGAGAUUAUAUUCUCCCGUACAGUUUCUCUCUCUCCUCUCUCUCUCUCUCUCUCUCUCUAUCUCUCUCUCUCUCUUUCUUUCCCUUUCUCUCUUUCUCACAUAUAUACUCACAGACACCCUCACUCACACGAACACACAUACACAAACAUACGCACAAACACAAAACAUUCCGUAUAUUGAUUGGUUAGUUACCGCUAACACUUCAAUUAGAAAUUAUGUACAGCUAAGAAAAUGUAAUAUUUAACAUUUUCAUUGUACAAUUUUUUGUUUGGCGUUAAAUUUAGCUGCACGACACUGAUUUACAAGAAGAUCUGAAAAUUAAUUAACUACCAGCAUUGUUCAAGAUUCCAAGAAGAACUUCCGAAAACAAUCUCUUUAAUAACUGCAUCGAAUAUUUGAAAAAUCAACCAUGAAAACUCUAUCCACAAGUCUUAGGAGCAUCCAGUCGCCAAUGUACAUCCAUUCUCCCGAUGGCGGCUGGGGUUGGGUUGUUUGUCUCAGUUCUUUCGGAAUAAACUUCAUUUUAGACGGCACAUUGUUCUGCUUCGGCAUUCUCUAUAUGGAUCUCUUGAAAUAUUUUGAUGGAAGUCCUGCUCAGAUAGCUUGUGUUGGAUCAACACUAACUGGAAUGCACAUGAUGAUAGGUCCUGUAGUUAGUCUGUUGUUGAUGCGAUUCAGCCACAGAUAUGUUGCCAUCAUAGGUGGCUUUUUUGCUGGAUUAGCGCUUGCUAUAAGUACGUGGGUGGAGAGCGUUGAGCUGUUGAUUUUAAUCUACGGUGUAUGUGGAGGGAUUGGUUUUGGAAUGGUAUUCAUUACAUCGAAUAUAUGUUUGAGUCUAUACUUCGAGAAGAAACGAGCAUUGGCGACAGGUUUAGCAUCAAGCGGUGCUGGAUUAGGUACCUUUGUCUAUCCAUACUUAUCCGAAUGGCUAUUGUCUAUGUAUGGUUGGAAAGGUACGGUGCUCAUCCUUGGUGGUUGUGCGCUGAAUUGUCUUGUGUGUGGGUCUGUUUUUAGACCUCUUUGCUGGUCAUCGAGAUCUGAUUUGUCAUCUCUCCGGACAGAAUACACAAAUGGAGAUGACCAUGACGAGGAUUCCGAUUCUGUAAUGAGUGAUGCGGAAGAGCCGACAAAAAACAAUUUGCUUGACUUUAAAAUAAAAAUUGUCAACUUGCCAGUGAGCAACAUAAAAUCUAGUUAUACACAUAGUUGCCAUCAACUGAGCCACGGGAUUUCUGGUUGGUUGACACCUAGCAGUUUGAGUGUGAUGGACGUUAACAAAUCUCAAAUUAGGAGCCUACAUGAUAUCAAUACAUCAGUGGAACUUAAACAAACGGGACCACGUCGGCGGCUUUCGACGACACAUUUCAAUCCGUUGAUUAAACAAGACAUCUAUUACAGUGGCAGCGUUACCACUUUGAGACAAGAUACUUUAGACCACAGACGCUAUUCAGAUUUAAGUCAAAAAUCCGGCAACCAGAAACUUCAGUUCAACGAUGCCAUGUCCACAUUUAAUGAAGGAAGCCAGUGCUGCCAGGGUAACAUAUUGCGCCAUGUCUUCAACUUCGCUCUCCUCAAGAAUAAAGUAUUCGUGGCCUUGUUAACGGCAUUUACUCUUGCAUCAAUGCAGUCGAUCGCCAUGAUGUUCCUUCCUAAUUAUGGAAUGCAUAGAGGUCUUAGUCUGACACAAAGUGCCACAUUAGUAUCGGUAAUUGGGAUCACAAACACUAUAGGCCGAAUUUUGAUUGGUUUAAUGACUUAUUCCUUCGAUGUUCCCAGUGUUUAUUCGUUUACUUUCGCCCUACUUAUAUCUGGACUUAUCUCUUUUGCCUUCAUUUUUUGUGACACUUUCGCCAGUCUCAUUGUAUGCAGUGGCGUGUUCGGCCUUUGUAUGGCUGUGAUUGUCUCUCUCCGAACCAUCGUACUUGCUGAUCACUUAGGAAUUGAAAACCUCACCCAUGCGUUCGGCGUUGUGGCCUUAUUUCAAGGCAUCGGCUUCACAGUCAGCCCACCACUAGCAGGUUUUCUGUAUGAAAUGUACGAAAGUUAUACGAUUCUCUUUUGUGUUGUUGGCACGUGUUACGUGACAGCUUCUGUGUGUUCGUUCGCUCUCUGUAUUCAAGUAUGUUGUAACAGGAGGAAACGUUCCCGGAAAGAGUCACUUAAAAUUCCAAGCCGCGAUAGUGACGAUGAAAGCGAAGUCGACGCCGAGAUCAUUUCUGUCAGAGAAAUCGAUGACGAUGAAUAUAUAACGAAAGAAGUGACAAGUUACUCCUGAAAAUGCUGAAAAACAAAAAAAUAUAUAAAAUCAUCUUACCAUUGACGUUGAUAUAAACUGAAAACAUAAACACUGUAUAUAUAUAUAUAUAUAGAUAAUUAUACAUACACACACAUAUAUACAUAUUGCGAUGUACGGACGAGAGAAAGUAGAGUUUGUUCGUUCGAAUCCUGAUGAUUUCUUCUGUUGUUGCUCAAAGUGUCUCGCUGUGUCAGCGUGAUACCCCUGAGUAGAGAUGGACUGACUCAGCAGCUUACGUUGAAUGUGUUUGUGUGUGCGUUUCUCUGUGUGUGUGUGUUUGUGUGUGUGUGUGUGUGUGUGUGUGUGUGUAGUCAUAUGUAUGCGUGCUUCUUUGUUUCAUGAGUGUGUCUGGGUUCACACAUACACAAGCGCGUUCAAUACAAUUUGAAGAUGAAUAUAUAGAUGUACAUUUUUUUAAAAAAAAGGAAGAAAAGAGAAGAAAACGGGAGAAUAUUCUUUAUAUAUAUCUUGGGUCAAUAUCCCAUCACAAUUAGGACAUUCAAAUGAAUGCGCCGGGAAUUUUUUUCUUUUAAAUUUAAUAUGAUUCACGAGAAAAUUUGGUUUCCAACUUACAUCAUGUUUUAUAAAAGGAGCCAGUUUACUUGUUUAAAAAGAAAAAUAUUUUAACAUUUUCAUAUUGACUAUACAAGAAAGGACAAUGAAAUAUUUUAUUCUUAUUUUAACACCGCUCUUCCAAUUUACUAGAAAAUAUUUUUUAUCUUUCGCUUUUAAUGAACAGUUUUUAUAAAUACACACUUUUUGAAAGACUGAUAUCUCCAGCUGAUAAAAAAAAUUAAUAAUGGUGCUUCAUAUAUAUAUAUAAUCUUAAAAGCAGCUGUUACUUGAAACUGCAAAUAUUUUAGCUCAUUUACCACCACCACCACCACCAUCGCAACCACCGCUAUCAUCCGGACACUCAUCAGGAAUAAUGAAGGUGACCAUCCGGUGGAAUCAGUAGAGCAGUGAGUCAAAAUGUCUUGCGUGAUUUAGUUACAUCCUUUUGGAUUCUGAGCUCAAGUUUCAUCAUAGUCAACUGUCUUUUAUCCUUCCUUGUGGGUUGGAGAGGACUCGAUUAAAAAGGGGUGAGUCAUACACUGUCGUUUGACUCAAUUUCUUUCGAUGAUUGUCUGGCUAUGUCAGAAAAUAUUGCUUCACUUCUUACGUUGAUACAAGGCCACAAAUUUGUAAGAGACAUUUCUAAUCGAUUGAAUCGGCCUCAUUUUAUGACUGAUAUUUAUUUUAACAAUUCCAAAGGAAUGAAAGCACAAACUUGCACAGUUUGAACUUAAAAUGUUUAGAGGACCAAAACUAAUACUGACUUUUAAGAUAGGCGCAAGGCUUCAAAUGUUAGAGCCGAUGCAACCGACCGUACGCCUGCCUUACAAAUUUUGAGGCUUUGUGCAAAUGUAAACUCUCAAAAGUUUCCUGGGCGUAACUGCAACAGUUAGACUAUGCUCACCUAAAACAGUGUUGUGCACAAACGAAAAAAUAACGUUAUUUCAAUACCCAGUUUAAAAUAUUUCACUUCACUCAGAUCGUUAUUGCUUUUCUAACAGACAUGAACUUCACAACAUUCCAUUUUUCUUCUCCAUAAGCACUAAACUUUGUGUCUUGUCAAACGAAAAAAAAAUAAUGAUCCGCUCAAAGUGUUAUUAAACAGACCGAUAUUCUUGACGAACAGAAUCCUCAACUCGGUUUUCUAUUUCCAGAUGGCACCAUUUCACUUAUUUCGGUCAUUUUUCUUCGGAAAUAUAAAUUCUUCAUAUAAAUUUCCUUAAACAUUUCAAUCAUGAGUUGCUUCAAAAGAGAGUCAACAGCUGGCCGAGCCGAUAAUGUCGAAACUAUCAGCUGAAUAUCCAAUGAUUCGUAACCUGUCACCAGCGCCGCGAUGCUGACAGUGUCACUUACCUGUAAAUAUGUAUCACACAUCUGUAAAUACGUACCAUGGCUUGUUAAAAAGAUAUAGGACUAUAUAAAUCAACGAGUGUUUUGUUCUUGGCUUAAGUCUACGAAUGUGUCUGAGGAAGGUAACGACAAAGCUCAUCAAUACUCAGUCCUUGCCCCAGAAUUUUUUACUUGUCUGGAAUCUAGUUCUGAGUACAGAUUACGCGUAACCCAUUACAGACAACAUACACCAAGUGGAUAACUUACUCAAUGACAACGAAUAUCUCUCAUUUAACAGAGAGAAAAAUGUGGUUAUUGCCGUAUAACAAACUCUGUUCGUUUUCGAUUCUCAUUCGAUGUUAAAAACUCUUUUUCCUUAUGACUCUAAUGAAAUUGUGAACAGAACGCUGCAAAUUCCCAUUUAUUUUCUAACAAAUCUGAGUUCUUGGUAUCUAGAUAAAGGAAAGCCAAUAUUUUUUUCUUUUCUUUCAUUGAAUGAAUACUAAGAAAUAUGAUUAAAAGUCUAUGCUCGAUUGAAGCCAAUUCAUUUCCAUUUAGAUUGGUAAUGCUCUGGAGGAAAACGUAAACGUCACAGAAUCACCCACCUCAAUCCUUUUUUAUAAAUAUGCAGUCACGAUUUUAUGCAGGAAAACACUGUUGUUUUUGUUUUUGAUGUCUGUUUUCUUUUUAACCUCUACGUUGUGGGAUUGCUUGGGGAAUCGUUAAGCAUUUAAACAAACUACUUCUUUUCUAAAAUACCGAGAACAAAACUAAACGAUAUUAAAAAAGGCAAAUAGUACACCAUGA